UGCUGUGAAAUCCAAUAGCUGUGGGACAGCGACCUGACCAAAGAUUCCAAGCAGCGGCGCCCAUUGCGCAACCGGGAAGGCGGGCAACGCAACGCGCGGGGCUGGUCAGCCUCAGAGCGCGGCUGCUUGUGCGGAGAGAGCCAAGCCUCCCUUUCAGGUGGGGGCCCCGGCCGGGCCGGCGGGGAGAGAGAGAGAGAGAGAGAGAAGGAGCGAGGAGGGCGAAGCGCCCGCUGCAUCCUCCUCUCCAGCCAAAUUAGGCUCUGAGCGCGGAGUUCACUUGGCGGGAGCGGGGCCAGGAGGACAAGCACGCGGCCACCGAAGCCACACGGGCCAGGAGGGAAGCGCGCGAGCCGCCUGUUGAGGCGACAGCAGUAGCAGCAGCAGCCGCCUCUCGUGCCGGCGAGGUGCCUGAGGGAGGGAAGGGUGAGUUCCCGCCGGCUCCAGAGCAGCAGCGCCGGAAUAAAAAGCGGCGGCGGCGUCUCCCCUCCCUCCUCUCUCGCUAACUCUUCUCCCGCCGCCUCAGCGCGAGCAUGCGAGGAGCAGCCCCUCGCGGCGGCCAGGAGGAGGAGAGGGCGGCGGCGGCGGCGGCGGCAGCAGCAGCUCCUUGAGGCGCCUGGGGCUGUGAGGGGAGUCCUCCCGCCUGGCCGCCGGGAUGUCGGCGCACAGCCUGCUCAACAGCGUCUUCUCCUGCUCGUCCUCGCCGGCGCCCGGCGCCUCGCCCUCCUUCCCCCCGAAGAGCCUCUCCAAGCGGAGGCUCCGCCAGACACGCAGCCUGGACCCGGCCGUCAUUGGCCGCGGGGAAGAGGCGGCCGACGGCUCGCUCCGCGCUCCCCGGGCCAGGGCGGCGGCGGCGGCGGCGGGCAGCCCUUCGGCCGAGUGCUUGGCGGCCUUCUCUUCGCGCGCUCUGCUGCGCCCGGCCGUUCCGCCGACUCCUCCGGGCGCCUCGUCGCUCUCGACGCCCAGCACCCCGCUCGACAAGUCGCCGUCGGGCAGCUUCCACUUCGACUACGAGAGCCCUCGAGGCAAGAGGCACACCGCGUGGGAGCUGCCUUUCCUGGCGCGCGCGCCGUCCGCCUCGGCGCUCGGCAGCGCCCCAGGCGGCGGCGGCGGCGCCAACAGCAUCUUCUUCUCUCCCCGAAAGUGGCUCCAGCAGAGGAAGGGCCAGCAGCUGCCCAGCAGCCAUGCGUCCGCCUACGUCGUGUGGAAAUCCGAGGGUGACUUCACUUGGAACAGCAUGUCAGGGCGCAGUGUUCGGCUGAAGUCUGUUCCUGUUCAAAGUCUUUCUGAAUUGGAGCGUGCCCGGUUACAGGAAGUGGCCUUUUAUCAGUUGCAGCAGGACUGUGACCUAGGAUGUCAGAUAACGAUUCCCAAAGAUGGACAAAAGAGGAAGAAAUCAUUACGAAAGAAACUGGAUUCCCUUGGAAAGGAAAAAAACAAAGAUAAAGGUACAGUAAAACAAUCUGUCCCAUGUGUUUUUGGAGCUAUUUUUAUUCAUGGCUAUGUCUGCUGUGAAGGAAGACUACAAAUGGAAUUCUCUCCCACCAAAACCCAUGUUGAUUGUAUGUCUUUGUGUAUGUUGCAGGGUGCAAUGUCUGUGGACUCCAUUACGGAUCUUGAUGACAGUCAAUCUCGACUGCUAGAAGCCCUGCAGCUGUCAUUGCCUGCUGAAGCCCAGAGCAAAAAAGAAAAGUCCAGGGACAAGAAACUAAGCCUUAAUCCUAUUUACAGGCAGGUUCCUCGAGUUGUGGACAGCUGCUGCCAGCAUUUAGAAAAACAUGGCCUUCAGACAGUGGGCAUAUUCCGAGUUGGUAGCUCAAAAAAGAGAGUAAGACAGUUACGCGAAGAGUUUGACCGUGGUGUGGAUGUAAUGUUGGAUGAAGAACACAGCAUUCAUGAUGUGGCUGCUUUGUUAAAGGAAUUUCUUCGUGACAUGCCUGAUCCACUCCUGACUAGGGAGCUUUACACUCCUUUCAUCAAUACUCUCCUAUUAGAGCCCCAUGAACAACUAAGCACCCUGCAACUUCUUAUUUAUCUUCUACCUCCCUGCAACUGUGACACCUUACAUCGACUCCUCCAGUUCCUUGCGACUGUAGCUAGCCAUGCAGAAGACAGGAUAGACCAAGACAGCCAGGAUAUUCCUGGCAACAAAAUGACAUCACUUAAUCUAGCCACUAUAUUUGGACCUAACCUGUUGCACAAACAGAAGACAACAGACAAAGAAUUUACCGUUCAAAGUACAGCGCGAGCUGAGGAGAGUACUGCAAUCAUUGCUGUUGUACAAAAGAUGAUAGAAAACUAUGAAAUGCUUUUCAUGGUCCCUGCUGACCUUCAAAACGAAGUUCUGAUUAGUCUACUUGAGACUGACCCAGAUGUUGUAGACUAUUUGCUGAGAAGGAAAGCUUCUCAGUCAUCAAUCCCUGAAAUGCUCCAGUCAGAAGGUUCGUUCUCCAUGGAAGGCCGACAUCCAUCCAUAGACUCAAAUCGAGCCUCGAGUGGUGACAUCUCGCCUUAUGACAACAACUCUCCAGUGCUCUCUGAAAGGUCUCUUUUGGCAAUGCAAGACGAUAUGGCCCUCACUUCCGAGUCAAAGUUAUUCAAAGUACCAGAGCAAUGUACAUUGAUCAGCAGUUUGCACCCCAAAUCAAGAGAGAAUUCCCUUGGAUCGUGGUUUGGAAAAGAUGCUUCAGAAGACUAUUUCGACAUCUGGGGAACCUGGCAUUCAACACUGAAAAGUGGUUCCAAAGAUUUAGGAAUGACAGGGUCAUAUGGAGACAUCUACGAGAGCAGCUCACUGCGUCCAGGGCACUGCUCUCUUUCUCAAGGGAACCUGUCUUCACCUCGGUGGCAGGGGAGUGCCACAGAAUUAGACAAUGGAAAGCAAAUUAUCCGAAGGAGUCAGACAACAACUGCCCUUCAGGAAUGCCGCCCUCAUCCUCCCCUUUCUCGGAUUUGCAGCACCCCGCAAAUGGAAGUUGGCCGGAGGAAUUCCAGCCAGUGUGAUUCGGAGCAGCAUUUUCCUACGAGUAACGCACAGCACCUUGCGGAGCGUGACUCGGAUGCCGCUUGUUUGCACAACGCAGUGAACCCGAUGUACCCGAGGCAGGGCGAAGCACUUUGGAAAGAUAGGCCUCCGCCGCCACCUUAUCCUGACAAGUCAAAGCAGAGUUCUUCCUCGUGCCUUCAGCCAACGGUCUCUCCAGCAGAACAUCCGCUGUGGAGGCUCCAGAGGGCAGAAUCCCGAUCCGGGGCCACGGGAGCAAGAAUAAUGGCGCAGGUGCCUGAACAGUCUGCCCUGUUUGAGGAGCAGCCGGACAAAACGGAGAGAGAGUGCUCCACCACAGACAGCGAGCAGAACAGUAAAAAUCUGUCAGAACCAGAUUGGCAUGACUGGCAAAGGGAUCGAUGGCAGAUCUGGGAGAUUUUAUCGCCUGAUAAUCCAGAUGCCCUUCCUGAAACAUUAGUAUGAGUAGAAACCAGCACUGGCCAUGCUUUUUUUUCCAGCUGAAGAAGGAAAGGUAAUGGUGGACUGGAUUAUAGCUUUUAUUGCAAACAAAUGUCAUUUAAUUUAAAACAACAACAACAACAACGUUCACUUUAUAAAAUAAUUUUAAUAGCAUUGUAAAAAAAAAAUAUGAAAAAAGAAUUAUAUUGCUGGUUUUGCAAUCAUCAGAGGAAGGGAAAAUGACAUGACAGUUCCAGAUCUAACCACUCUGUAAAAUAUAAGCUGUGUGUACAUUAAAAACUACAGCCUUGGUGUUGCUAAGAUGUAUUUAUGUAUCUGCCAUUCAGAUGCUUGUAUAUUCUGCAAAAGUUAUUUUGGGGUUUUUUUUGGUACGGUAGUAUUGUGUUCAUAUGCAGAAAACAAGCAACCUUAACUGCUUUUUUUAAAAGAAAAAAAAAUAUUUUAAUCACUGCACUUAUAUUACCACAAGAUGCAUUGAGGCUCUCUUGAAGGUGCACAAGCUGGUUUCUGUGCUUUUAAUUUAGCCUGUCUGUGGGAGACAUAUAUUUUCACUGCCUACGAAAAACACUAAUGUGGGAUGAAACAGUUAAAAAGCCAUAUAUUUUAUAGUGAGCAAGUUAGAGAGUAAGUGUAUGUACCAUGUUAUUUGCUUUCAAGCAAAAGAAUUAAAAAUUUGAUGCAAUAUGGUAAAGAUAGAUAUAUAUAUUUAGAAUCUUAUUAGAAGGCAAUUUUGUUAACCCUUCAGAAGCAAGGCCGCGCCUACACCAACCAAACAAAGGGAGCUCAAAUUCCUGCCUCCCAUUCCAGAUAAACUGCAACUUUAUAUACACAGUAUAUAAUAUAUAUUUAUAAAUAUUAUGAUUUUAAAGUAAACUGGAAUCCAAAUUUAAUAAUUGAAGUACUACUUUUCCUUUUAAAAAAAGUUUUCCAAAGUAUUAUGGAAAAAUCCUUGCAUACCUUAAGGGACAAGUAUUUACUGAAUCCCAUAUAUAGAUUCCAGACUAAGUAUGACCUUUUUACAGGAAGAUUGUGCCAAAAAUGCAAUGUCAUAUUUGUUAAAUGUUGAUGUUCCUGCAAAUAUUAGCUAAACGGCAAGAAUGUUUAGGGCCAGCAGGUGGCAAUACGUUGCCAUUUUUAAAGAUCCCCCCCCCCGUUUUAACAAGGGAAACAUCUGCCCAUGACAUUCUUAUAAAUAUGAUUGUCUUUAAGUUAUAUCUUGUGCCAAAAGGAUGGAAUAAAAGUCUACCAAAAAUAUA